AUGGACGCUGUAGACGAGCUUAAUUUUCUUCUUGGCAUAGGACCGCCACGUCCAAAUCUCCCUUUAACCAUUAGAAAGUCUUUCUACACGUCUGUUCGGGACCUUGGUAAGGGCACGUAUGGACAGGCUAUUUUAGUAUUCCACAAGAUUCGUAAUCAGUACUACGUCAUCAAGCACAUCAACAUGUCGAAGAUGAAUUCGAAACAACGUAAGGAUGCUCACAAGGAGAUAUCAAUCCUGCAGCAGUUAGACCACCCGAACAUCGUGCGUUAUGUUGAGUACUUUGAAGAGUUUCCACACCUUUACAUCGUGAUGGAGUAUGCUGACGGUGGCGACCUCGGAACGCACCUGACACGCAUUAAAAACAACGCCAAGCAUCGUUUACUUUCUGAUCCCGAAAAGGACAAAAACUCUCUGCAUCAGCGUAACGGUCUCUUAACGGAGCCGCAGGUCAUGAGUCUUUUUGUUCAGGCUACCAUAGCUCUCAAACACAUGCACGAUCGCCGUUUACUGCAUCGUGAUAUCAAAUCUCAAAACAUAUUCUUGACUCGAAACCACGUCGUGAAGCUUGGCGACUUUGGAAUUUCGACUGUUCUAAAGGAUACUGUAGCAAUGGCGAGCACCAUGUGUGGCACACCUUGCUACUUUUCGCCUGAAAUUUGCCUUGGCAAGCCAUACAACAAUAAGAGUGAUGUGUGGGCCCUCGGUGUGCUCUUGUAUGAGAUGUGUGCGAACCGGUUACCCUUCGAAUCCCCCACGAUGAAGGCUCUCAUGAAUGAAAUUCUGCACAAUGAACCCCGACGGAUUCCCGCCAACUUUUCGGAAGAGUUGUGGGAGUUAAUUCAGUGGAUGAUGCAUAAGGAUCCAAAGAAGCGCCCAGAUGCGCAGCAGGUGCUUAUGUCAUCGAUAGUGAUGCGGCACAUGCCAAGCAUCAUCGAUAAACUGAAGUCUAUAGAGGAUACCGAGAAAAAUUGUGAUCCUGUAGCUGGAGAAAAGAUAACUAAGCAACUACCGCAGGAAGAUAAAGUUAUCGAUAAUAACGCAUGCUUUCCCAUUAUUGAAAACAAUCCAGUCGAUCUUGGGGGUGAUAAGGUUAGUGGAAUCAACCUCGUCGGUAAGAGAGCCGAAGCUUUGCCUCUUAACGAUCGAUAUCAACAGAAACCAGCUAAACUACAACCAAGAGGCAUGCGGAAGGAGCCCAAGAUCACAGAUGAACUUAGCAGGAAUCCCAAUGCUGAGAAGGAAAAAAAUAUACUGGAUUGUAAGGUACCGCAGAACGUGUACGGCGUUGCAUCGUAUCUUCCGCAACAACACAACGAUGCUAAGGACGAAUCUGAGAGAGGUAGGGGCAGGCCGUACCGACGCAUUUCUCAAGAGUUGCCCGCCGAGACAUCCGAGGCCCCUCUUCAAGGUGUGGAAUUAGAAGGGAGAGAGGCUGGUGUGAUUGAGAAUCUCAAUGAACUCUCACCUGGACAGCGUGCUGCCCAAGAGAUCCAGAUGAUGCAACGACAAAAGCCGCGCGAACCGGAAAGGAUGGCUAUGCGGCAAUGUCUUCCCGGAAAGACUGAUAAGCCCGUCGAGUUUCCGCGUGAGAUGCAUCCAAGGCCACUGCAGGCGGGCUUGAGCGAGCAGCUCUCUAUCAGCGCUCUUAUUGAGGCGUACGACUUGGAGAAGAAAAAGGUGACCAGCCUUCGACAGAAGGAGCACUUUUUGAAUCCGAGGCAGGCCCCGGUAGCACCAUUGAACCAAUAUCUCGUUAACAACGCGCACCAACAGAUGAUGCACGGCUACAAAGCUCUCGAGGGUGACCUUAGCUUGAGGGGCCCGGCGAGGCAGGUCUCAGCCGCGCCACGACUACCCCCUAUGGGGGAGCCCAACAAUUCGAUUUUGCCUACGAAAGACCCCAACGGCCGUCCGCAACCCCAAACCGGCUGCGGAAGAGGAAACAGUCACCCAAAGGACCAUCCUUCUGGCAAUUUGGCUUCACGCUUCUUGACACCUCAAUAUACCCCCUCUAAGAUGGAUGCUUUGUACAGGGCACCCAUUCUCCCCCCUUUGCCAGCACUCAAUGAAGUUGCCAUGGAGGAGAUGAAGGAUGACCAGAAUAUAGACCCUACACAGGGGCUACCAUCCCCACCAGAGGAAGAAAAAAACGUCAGAAGCGAGCUAAAUGAUGUCGUUCAUGAAAUGACAUGGUUGCUCUCUCGCUUCACGAUGAGUAUGCGGGGUGCGGAAGACAAGAAUGGGGCUGAUGCUGCAGAGGUGGUUCCUGGCCUAGACCCCCAAAAGGCAACGGAGGCUGAACUAAUCAUGCGGAAUAUUGAUCACAGCGCCAUAGGGGCCUUGAAAUCUUUUCAAGACCCUUCUGCUAGUGGCAGCGACGGGGGAAAGUCGCUGUCAGGUUGCAACGCUUCAAAGCUAUCGAAUAGAGAGCAGCUUGAAAUGCAAACAGCUAGUGAAGAGUUUCUAGACCCUCUUGGGACGCGUUUGGAUGUCGAAAAACUCCAAGCACAGCCACAGCAAGAUGGCCCUUCGACUAAAAUCUCAGGCAAGGAAUCGCAGCAAUCUAAUAGACAAAGCUCUAGCCCAACUUCGUCUAACCUUGAAUGUAAUGCCGCCCUCUCUAAAGAACCUACCCAGAUUAUGUUGGGCUCUUCCCUUGGGGCUAAAUCCGAGGCGGUGCCGGCCGAUGCCGACUGCGUUCGAUCUGAUUCACGCCCCCGCGCGUCCGAUGCCGAAUCAAGGCAACCCAACUCUUGCUUCGAUCAGGACGUUAGGGGGGGUUCCAAUGCGCCGCCAAAGACCACCACACCCGCUGCCGCAGCCGACCAAGCACAGAAUUCCUGCAACAUGAGACGAAGUUCAUUUUCAUUAGGGAAGGAUUCGAUUCAAACUGCCUCAGUGGUGCAGGAUCCUCCGAAGGUCUUCAUCAGCGACGAACUCAACGCGUUACGGAGGGACUCUGCGAUGAAGUAUUUUAAUGGAGGCUGCCUCUGUGGUGGUGUGCGGGUGCAGGGGGUCUUCUCUAGCAUUUAUGGCUCGUUUGUGUGCAAAUGCAAUGCCUGCUGCCGCGUGAGCGGCUCCUGCUAUGGAAUUGAAUGGCUUCAUCUACCCGAAAUAAACCAUAUCGAAAAUAUACUAAACGUCACCUCUCCGACCGAUGUAGCUGCUAUUUGCAACGAAGAAGGGGAUAAUGGAGCAAGGACCCUCAUGAAGAGUCCAGCCUCUUCGGUUGCUGGUGGGGGCAAGGAAAAGAAAGGUCCCAUGAAACCGCGCUGUGAAGUUCUCCCCACCCCAUCCGAGUACCAUUUUUCGAUUCUCGUAGAUGUGAGUGACGCUGACAGCUGUGGUAGGGUCGGAAUACCUGACGUGGACGGCACUCAUUUUCCCGUUUCCAAGAUCGAUCAAUCAGGACCUGGCGUGAAUGAAUGCCUCGGCCGCAGCCCAUGCGAUGCGAUUGAGGCUUCCCACGAUCCUCCACACUGUCUCCCGCAACCGCGGCCUUGUCGGGAAGAGGAGGGGUAUUUUCGGGUGCACUUUUGCCCGACCUGUGGGUGCGUGUUGGGAAUGGAGCACGACGGAAUUGAUGGGUUGCUGCUUACUAAACUGUUAUUAACGCCCACCAGCAUGGGCGUGCUGCUUCAGUUUGAGCAAAUCAUCGACGAGUUGAAGACCAAAAGCAUAGUGUAG